AGAAAAAAUGAAAAUGACUGUAAUGGAGUCUUAGAGAAAGUGAAAAAUUCUCAUCGCAAGAAUUUGCUGAAAAAAGCCAAACUUUCAUUGUUUAAAAAUAGUACAAAGUCCAAAACAGCUAAACCACUGAAUCAAUUGACAAAUGUCAAUUCAAAUGAAACCAAUGAAUUUCAAGAAAAGCCGUUCUCUGUACAGAGAUUACCCCCAAAAAGAAAACUUGAAAAUGUUAGCAGUUCUGUUGAGAUUGGACAAAGUUCUGCAAACUUAGAUGCAGGGGAGGUAACUGUUCCAAGGAAGACUUCAGGAAUUGCUUCCCCUUCAUUUGUCUCAACAGAGUCAAAAUCAAAUAUUGAUAGUGAUGAAGAAAAUGAAGAUUCUCAGCAGAAAUGUCCAACAUGUCAAAGGGGCAUAACUUCAUCACAAUUUCAAGCUCACAUUCUUCAGUGUUUAAAGCAAUUUUCAUUGGUCAAAAAAACAAGUAGCCAAGAAGAAGUAUUUAGAGGUAAUGAAGGGGCGGAUGAAUAUCAAAUGUGUCAGAUUUGUCAGAAGGAUAUUAAACAUAUGAACUCGACCAGACGGACUCAACAUGUCAACCGUUGUAUAGAUAAGAAGGAAGAAGACGGCAAAGAAGAAGCAGAGAUGAAGAAAUUGUUGGAAGUAGCUAAAACAGCAAUAUUGGAUUGUCCAAUUUGUGGUAAACCACUGAAGACUACUCAAUCUCGCAAUACUCACAUGAAGAAAUGUGCCAUUGUAUACAGCGUACCAAUGGACAGAUUAUUGGUAUUAAUAAAAGAUCAAGAAGAACAGCGUAAAAUACAGGUGACUGCUGGGAUACUGCCAACUACUGUCAGAAUUAAAACGACGAAAUCGAAAUCAACAAAUCAACAGAAAAUAUCAACAAAAAAACUACCAAAAACUAAAUCUGAUGAAGAUAUCCAACUGGCCAUAGCAUUAUCUAAAUCUAUAUUAGAACAACAGAAAAUACAAGAUCAGGUCAUCACAGGUCAAAAUAAAAACAAUCCUGGUAAAAAGUCAAGAAACAAGAAAAAUAAAAUAGAAGAGAUUCCAUUGAUAUUACAACUCAGUAAAGAACAAGCUAAAGAUCGUAUUGCUAAUAAACUUACACGGUUAAUUAUUCCACAGUCAAGUCAAGAUGAAAUCUAUGCAACUCCCCCUGGUGGCAGUAAUUUAGAAGGAAUCUCUGUACCAUCAACUGUAUAUAAGUCAACUAAUUCUGCAGACCUAAAGCCUCGUUUAUGGAAUGAGAGUAAUUUGAUGGACACAACAUCCAACGUGGAAAGAUUUUACGUCACAGCUCUCAUGCCAACUGUAACUAUAGCAACAGUUAAAGCAGGAAGUAAGCUGAAAAGGCUGUCAGAAAUCCCAGGACGCAGAAGUUCUUUAGAGUUAGAGAGAGAGAAAGAGUUAAAGUUGCAAGAGCAGAUGACAGAAAGGUUGUCAGAACAGCAUAACUCUAAAGAACUGUCUCCAGCUACCAGUAAAUCUUCAACCAAUCAAGUCAGUUCUUCUCCACCAAUAACUCAAACAGGCACCAUACUAGCUCAACUUGCAGCUGAUGCAGAUGCAACCAGUGGUCAUCUUGAAUCUGUCAACACAUCCUCACCUUCAAAUGAAGCCCUGCAUUGUAGUGGAUUUUGUCCUGAAAAUCCUUUGGAAAUUCCUGUUGAUAUUCAGAAAUCAACAUUUGAUAACCUUCAGUCAUCUCUUCUACCAUUGGUUAAUUCUCAAAUAUUCACAGAUGUUACCAUAGUAACAAGAGAUCAGAAGAUUCCUGCUCAUAAAAUAUUCCUUUAUACAAGAUGUCCGAAAAUAAUGGAGCAAUUAUCCCUGGAUGGAACCACUAUAGAUAUGUCUACUUAUAAUGAGGAGGUUAUAUUAUCUAUAUUAACCUUUAUUUAUUCUGGUACCAUUCAUCUUUAUCCUGGCAGUAUUCAAGAUGUUUUAGAUCUAUCGACAUUACUUGGUUUAUCUCAGCUGGCAAAUAUCUGUAAAUCUGUGAUCGAUUUAAAGAAAAAUCAGCCAGUCACUGAAGAACCUACUGAAGAUCAGCAACUGGAUAUCCUGGAACAAACGUUAUGGAGCUCUUCAGACAGUGAGGAUGAGGUUGAAGGUCAUGCAGAGGGAGAUGAAGUUGAAGGUCAGGAAGAUGCUGAAGAAGAUGACUGGAGAGAAAUGUUUUACACGCAACGAGAAAAAUUACGCAAACAAUCGACAGAGCAAAAAGAAGACAGCGAAAGUGAUGAUUUUGAUGAGAUCAUGGAUGUCGAAACUGAUGAGAAGUCAGAUAAUGGAAACUUUGAUGAAGAGACAACCGUAUUGAACCAUAUGGAAAUAAAAAAUAAAAGGGAAUUAUUUAAAAAGCGGUUAAAAAUGAGGAGUGAUAUAAGUGAUGAUGAACAAAAAGGAAUUUUAAAAAUGUCUUCUGAGAAUUCUGAAGUUGUGAAUAAAUUGUUAAUCGAUGUCAAAUCUUCCGUUGAAAGAAAGGUGGAAGACAUGAAUGUUGAUACUGAAAUAAUGUCCACAGUAUCCCAGCAUACAAUUUCUAGCACAUCCAACAAUGGCUGUACAUAUCUAACAAAAACUGAUAGAACUGUUAAACUGAAGGACGAUAUUCAGAUUUUUGAUCAUCAGCAUGUUGAUGAAGUUCCUAGUGAUUCAGACAAAGUUAAGGACGAUAUUCAACUUUUGGAACAUGAGCAUGUUGAUGAAUUUUCUGUUGAUUCAGACAUGGAGUUUGAAGAAGAAUUGAAAGUUUUAGACCUGGCUGAAGUAGCACCAGGAAGUUUAGUAAAUAAAAGUGAAUAUAUUGACACUAAUUCAAGUAGUGAUGGAGAAAUUAAAUUAGAUAAUGACAAAAAUCCUUCAUCCAUUCCUUUGCAGUUGAGUACAAUAAUUUUGAAUGAACAAAAGUCAGAUUCUCCUAUUUUAAAUUAUUCCCCCCAAAAAUAUUUUAGUAGUGUGGUGGACAAAGACAAAAUUCUAGAAACAGGAAACCAUCAAGAUAAACAGUUUUCUCUGAUAACAACAAAUUUUUCUCAGAAUUUUGAGAUGAGUGAAGAUGAAACAGAUGAUCAUGACCUUUCAGUCAAAUUUGUUCCGUCAUCACCAAUAAAUAAAAAUUUGAACAUGUCUCAGAACUUUGCGUCAAGCAGUGAUGAGAAUAACGUAAGCGAUCGACAUAAAAGUAAUGAAAAUUCGUUCUCACCAGUUGAUACAAAUUUAAACUUUUCUCAGAAUUCUGCGUCCAGCAAUGAGGACAAUAAUCCACAAGAUAAACAUGAAAACAGUGAUAGGCUCUCUUCUCCAGUUAUUACAAAUUUAAAUGUUUCCCAGAAUAAUGAACUUCCCGUGGAUGAUGAAAAUAUUGCAGAUGAACUUAACUUUUCUAAACAAGAUUUCAGUUGUGAUAAUGCUGAAUUUAUUGAUGAUGAAAAAACUGAAGGUGACAAAUCUUCUUCACCUGUUAUUGCAAAUUUAAAUUUUUCCCAGCAUUACGAAUCAAGCGAAGAAAAUACAGCUGAAAGACAUGAGGCAGAUUCGCCGAUUAUUCCAAACCAAAAUUUCUCACAGGCACCAAGUAUUUGCACAGGUAGCGUUUUUAAUUUUGAUCCCAGCCAAUGUCCCGUUAGUGAUGAUGAACUUUUCAGUGAUGAAGAAAUAAACAGUCCCCACACAAAUUGUAUUAAAAUAGAUAAAACAGACAAGGGAGAUAACUCUGCUGAAUUUAUGGAAAGAGGAGAUAACUCUCAAGUACAUCCUGCAGAUGUUGUACAAAAACAAACUGAAAAGGGUAAAGAGAUGAAUGACAGAAAACUGAACAUAUCUGAUGAGAUAUUACAUGAAAGUUUGCCAAAGGAUGCAGACAAUGCCAGUGCCUUAGAAGAAAACUCUAUAGAGAAUCCAAUUCUUUUGACAGAUUCAGAUGGUGACUGCAAUUCUCCUACCAGAAACACAAAUUCUGAAUUAUUGGAAGUCAAUAAAUCUCCUUCCAACUCUCGUUGUGUUAAUCAAACAAAAAAAUACCAAACAUCCCCGAGUAAAUUGAGAUUAGUGUCUGUGAAUAAACAUGGUAGCCCUAUUUCAUUGGCUGCACAAAAAUCACAUCAGCCAAUCACUGGUGCUUAUAAAUCUCCUAAAAAGGUCAUUGAUAAAUUAUCACAUGAAGCUGAGCGAAGAAUAGCCAAGAAAGUUGGAGGAUUUAAAUUUAAAAAGGGAAAACCGAGAAAAAAUUUGUCGAAAGAUAUCAGUGAAACAAGUGAUAGUGAUUCUCAUCCUGGGUCGAAGGUCAGUCACAAUGUAUUAGGGUCAGAGUUCACUGAUACAGAUAAAGAUUGUUCUAAAAAUAGAUUAUCAGACAGUCCAUCUGUAAGAUAUACAGUAGCAGAUAAAAUUAAAGGAUCUUCGCCAAAUUUAUCAAUAUUAAAAAAGCAAAAAAGUUUGCCAAAUGUACAAAUGCCGUCAAAUAAAUUAUAUCAAGUGUCGACAUCGAAUAAUAUGUUGUCUAAUGAAACAAUGGGUCAUUAUUGUUCUGUGAAUGAACUUGAUUCAGCGUAUAUCAAGCCUGUUAGUGAUAACCGCACACAAUCACCUUCCUCUCCUAGCAACAGCAACAUAAAGGUGAACAAAGUGACAAAUUCGUCGGUUUUAGGACAAAAUAAUGAUGAUAGAAAUUAUCUUGGUAAUUCCUUUAGUGAAAAAGACAAAACAAAAUUAUCCAAUCGCCCGUCAGUAUCAGUAUCUCGACACAUGAUUAAAACUGACUCUAAUGAAAGUGAUCAAGAAGUGACCAAUGACCAUCAAAAUAACAUGGUUGUUAGGAAUGAUGAGAAUGUAAACGCUGGUGGUGAUUCCGAUGUAGAAAUAUUAAGUGAAAAUUUAGUAGAAAAAAGUAAUGACUAUUCACAUUCUCCCAAGUUUGGUAAAAGUUUGAAGUCCCAGAUGUCAAAGCAAGGAUCAAGUAAUGUAGAGGAUGUUAACUUGAAUUCAGGUAUAGAAGAUGAUGUAUGGGAAGGUUUUGAUGAUAUCGGUUAUAAUGAAGAUGAUGUUUAUUGUGAUCCACCAUCUCCUUCAAAACAUCAGGCUUCUUGUGAUGAUGAAGAAAGGGAGAUAACUGAAGAAGAAGCAGAAGUGAUGGAAAUGGGUGAAGAUUUAAAUGACAGUGCAUUAUGGGAAGAUAAUAAUGAACCACCGAUCAGUGUUUUGACCAAUGUAACACCAGGGACAAAUUUUAAAACUCCAACAGUUAGUGAAAGUUGUAAGAAAAAACGAAGAAAGAAAAAUUGGGUCCCACCAUCACCAUUUACACCCAUACCAGAUUAUCCUACAAUGAACACACCUCAACUAAAGAAACAUAUAGACAAAUAUGGUUUACGACCAGCAUGUAAGAAGAGGAUGGUGACAGUUCUAACACAGAUUUAUAGUCAGACACAUCAAUAUGAAACAGAUAGUGACUGUGAUCUGGACGAAGAAAAAUUGAAGAGAAUAAAGCAGGCAGAGAUUGAAGCUGCAGCCGCAACAUCCUUAAAACCUGGUCAGAAAUCGGGAAAAAAUAGCAAAAAGUCAACUAAACAACCAGUCAAAGGAAAAAAGAUGCAACAAGUUAAAAACAAAAAAGUUGAUAUUUUACCAGAGGCUAGCUGUAGUGAUGAUCAACUCUCUUCUUCACAGAGUUCAGAUAUCAGUGAUUUGCCUGAAGAAAGUUUUAUAGCUGGUCCAGAGGAGGAUGAUGAUGAUUCUUCUGUUCCUACAUCACAGAAGUGCAAUAAAGAAGAAUUAUUUAAGAGAUUAUCCAACUUUAUCCAGGAUAGUUCUAAACUAUAUACACAAGUCCUCACAUAUCAGCCGGUUGAGAUAGAUGUCUUAAAGAAGGAUUUAACUGAUGUAGGACUGAAAUGUUCCAUGGAUAAAUUAUUAGAAUUCCUGGAUGAAAAGUGCAUCAACUUCACAAUGAAAAACAACAACAAAAGAAAACCUCGAAAGCAACGUGGACGAGUGAAAGUAAAGAAAGUGAAACCUGUAGCUGAUGUUUAAAUAUAAAUAUCUUGUGUGAAACUUUUGAUUGAGAUCCAAAUUCAGUCAUAUAGGCUGUGUUUCAAAAAGGACAUCAAUAGUUUGUGCAUUGAAAGUGAUGGAAAGAGUUACAAAAUUUACAUAAAUAAUAUACACUCCCCAGUUGAGGGAGACUCCCCAAGGGGAAAAAUUGUAUGUUGUACGUGGGUGUUUACAGUACAUCUUAUGGGAAUCUUUGGUAUUACAACUCAAAAGUCGCUGAUUGUUAUUUCAGAAAUUUCGGAUCCUUUGCAAACGACAAUAUUGUGAAAGUGGAAACUCUAAAAUUAAUAUCAGUUUCAAAACAGUUUCAUUCCUUUUAGUAUUCACAAAGAUAAUUAUGAUGAAUGAAAAAUUUUCCAACUUUCAACAUCCUUUGCAGACAAUGAUAUAAACAAACCAGAUGAUAUAAACAAACCAGAUGAUAGAUUGAUAUAAACAAACCAGCGGAACCUAUAAAUUUUUGAUGGGCCCCUGUUUUAUCCGAUUGAAUCCAAGAACAGAGAUUAUAUUUUGUUUUCUUAAUUAUCUGUUAAAUAUUCAGUUGGAGUAUAUUAUAGUGUGGAUGAAGCUGUAAAAAAUGAAAUAUUUCCCGAAAAUAAUACACGAUCAGGGAUCUGUGAUUUGAAUGAAAACAUCCCCUGAUUUGAGAAACCAUUUUUGUGAAAUUAGAAGAUGUUAAAGAAGUGAGAGAAUUGAUAGUUAUUUCUGUUUAAGAAUGGUAGUGAUAUUAUUUGUGAUUUACAAAUGUCAGACCCUACUGAAAUACAUUAUCAGACAUUUUGAUGGAGUAUUAAUAAUAUCAACCCCCCCCCCCCCAAAUGACAAAUAAGUGCUAGACAAAAAGAUUGGCACCAGAGGGAUUGUGCCAGACAAAGCAUGAAUUUGUUGCCAGUAUUUGAUUGUAUAUAUAGAAGCACUGUUAUUGUAUUAAAAUCUUUUUCCUUAGUA